AUGGCCUUGAGCGCACUAGACCUCUUCAACGUACCACCUGGUGCAGUGGCCGACGUCCGCAUCAUCGACUGCACCUCGAGGAUCAUCAGGCUACCGGUCAGCUUGUUGAUGGAACCCCCUCUAAGCGGUAUGGAUUAUAUGCCCGACAUCCCAACCUGGGCUUUCCUCAUUGAGAGCCCGACGGGCAAGAAGGCCUUGUUCGACCUAGGGGUGCCACCAAACUUUCUCGACUUUUCGCCAGUCAAUCAAGAGCAGCUGAGAAAUCCGGCCUGGGAAAUUCGCUCCGAGAAACAUGUGGCGGACAUUCUUAGGGAGAGCCAGAUCGACCCUGCUUCGAUCAAUUCCAUUAUUUGGAGUCAUUGGCAUUUCGACCAUAUUGGAGAUCCUUCGACCUUCCCUGGAACAACAGAGCUGGUUGUCGGCCCUGGUUUCAAGGAGAAGUUCUAUCCAGGGUACCCGGCUAUCGGAGAUGCGCCUGUACGAGAAUCCGAUUUUGCAGGCCGGACAACGAGAGAAAUUCAUUUCGAUGAUGAUCCUGGAAUCAAAAUUGGGCACUUCAGGGCGUUGGACUUUUUCGGAGAUGGGUCGUUCUAUCUUCUCGACGCGCCAGGUCACGCGGUUGGCCACCUCGCCGGGUUGGUACGGACGACCUCAAACCCAGAUACCUUCAUCUUCUGCGGCGGCGACCUCUGUCACCACGGCGGUGAGAUCCGUCCAUCCAAACACAUUCAUCUACCCAAAGAGAUCCACGUCGAGCUUCCGGAUCAAAUGGCGCCGUGGGUCUGCCCCGGUUCGGCACUCGAGCGACUCAACCAGAAUCGCUCCCGCGCAGGCGACGAGCCCUUCUUCAUCCCAAAUCCAAGCUUUUGUUUCGAUGCGGAGGAGACGAUGAAAACGAUCACCAAGGCGCAGGAAGCCGACGCCGAUGAAAACGUCUUGUUCAUCUAUGCCCAUUCUAAGGCAGUCGAACACUAUGCAGACCUCUUCCCGCUUAAGGCUAAUGAAUGGAAGAAGAAAGGUUGGAAAAGCAAGAUGUUAUGGGAUUUUGUUAGAGACUUUAAGCCUGCGCUCGAUGCGCAACAGGCUCUCGGGUCGCCAUGA